CCCUUAUAACCAGAACUUGUUUGAUUUUCGAAACUCAGAACCUAAACAAAACUUGUCUUUGUGUUCUUUUUACCAUUACCAAUGGCUCAAAGAUUGCAUCUCCUUCUUCUUCUCUUCUUGAUUUGCUUUGUUAAUCUUAUUUCUUUUUCAAGUCAACAAGACUUAAGUUUCAUCUACAAUGGCUUUAACCAAGACCAAACCAAUCUAAACCUUGACGGUUCUGCAAAAUUCCUACAAGAUGGACUUUUGCAGCUAACAAACGCCACGACUCAACAAAAGGGUCAUGCUUUCUUCAACCGACCAUUCGAAUUCGGUUCUGCUUCAUCUCAAUCUCCUUCUUUCUCGACUCAUUUCGUUUGCGCUCUUGUCCCUAAGCCAGGAGUUGAUGGUGGUCACGGGAUUGCUUUUGUUCUAUCAUCUUCAAUGGAUCUUACACAAGCAGAUCCAACUCAGUACUUAGGACUCUUCAACAUCUCAACUAAUGGUUCUCCUUCUUCUCACCUUUUAGCUAUUGAGCUUGAUACGGUCCAAAGCGCAGAGUUUGAUGAUAGAGACAAAAACCAUGUUGGUAUAGACGAAAACAGCCUCCAGUCUGUGGAAUCUGCUUCAGCUUCUUAUUAUUCAGAUAAAGAAGGGAAGAACAAAAGCUUGAAACUCUUGAGUGGAGAUCCUAUUCAGGUAUGGAUUGAUUAUGAAGAUACUCUACUCAAUGUUACUUUAGCACCUCUUAAAACUCAGAAGCCAAGUAAGCCUCUUUUGUCAAUAACUAUCAAUCUCACCGCAAUCUUCCCGGAUCGAAAAGCAUUCAUAGGGUUUUCGGCUGCGACUGGUUCAUUGAUUAGUUAUCAAUACAUCUUAGGAUGGAGUUUCAGCAGAAACAGAGCAUUACUACAGAGUCUUGACAUCUCUAAACUUCCCACGGUUCCACGUCCCAAGAAACCGGAGAAAACAUCUCCUCUGCUUAUUGUGCUAUUGAUUAUACUCGCUAUCAUAGUAAUGGUGGUGGUAGGAGGAUUUUAUCUUUACAGAAGAAAAAAGUAUGCAGAAGUUAGAGAGCCAUGGGAAAAGCCAUAUGGUCCACUUCGUUAUUCAUACAAAUCUUUAUAUAAAGCAACAAGAGGGUUUAACAAAGAUGGUCGUCUUGGAAGAGGAGGUUUUGGAGAAGUGUAUAAAGGUACUCUGCCUAUUCUAGGAGAUAUAGCUGUGAAGAGACUAUCACACGAUGCAGAGCAAGGGAUGAAACAGUUUGUGGCUGAAGUUGUGACAAUGGGAAGCUUACAACACAAGAAUCUGGUUCCUCUUCUCGGGUAUUGUAGGCGAAAAGGCGAGUUAUUGCUGGUCUCUAAGUACAUGGAAGGAGGUAGUGUUGAUCAGUACUUAUUUCACGGUGAUAAACCGCCUCUUUCUUGGUCUCAAAGAGUAUCAAUAUUGAGAGAUAUCGCAUCUGCGCUCUGUUACUUGCAUACAGGAGCUAGUCAAGUUGUUUUACACCGAGAUAUCAAAGCUUCUAAUGUCAUGUUAAAUGGAAAUCUCCAAGGGUUUUUAGGAGAUUUUGGAAUGGCUAGGUUUGAUGAUCAUGGGUCUAACCUCUCUGCAACUGCAGCUGUAGGAACCAUAGGCUACAUGGCGCUCGAGCUAACGUCAACAGGAACUUCCACUAGAACAGAUGUGUAUGCAUUUGGUGCAUUCAUGCUUGAAGUAACAUGUGGGAGAAGACCAUUUGAUCCUGCGAUGCCGGUUGAGAAACGACAUUUGGUCAAGUGGGUUUGUGAAUGCUGGAGAGAAGGUUCUCUAGUCAAUGCUGUGGAUACAAGACUGAGAGGUAAAUUUGUACCCGGGGAAGUUGAAAUGGUUCUGAAGCUAGGGUUGCUUUGUACAAGCAUUAUACCAGAAGCAAGACCUAACAUGGAACAAGUGGUCCAAUACAUAAACAGACACCAAAGAUUGCCUGAGUUCUCUCCAAAUACUCCCGGGAUCGGAGUUUCAACUCCGGUGUUAAUGGGUUUACCUUCCUUGGCAAUUACUUCUAGUUCAGUGACUUCAUCAGUUUCAGGACCAUCAGCCUCUCCUUCCUCUGCUAACAACUCAAUGUUCAUUUCUCACACCAUUAUAUAUGGUGAUGGAAGAUGACAUUGGACAAUGUGCUUCACAUUUCUUUAUUAAUGUUUAAACUUUCUAUCAGUUCUGUUGUAAACAAGUUUUUAUUUAUGUAACACUCAAGAUGUAGCAGAAAUGUCUAAAUAUUUUUUUUGUUUAUACAUGGUUUUUGUGUCUGUGAUUAAAAGAGAAUAAGGAUCAUGUUGUAAUAA